AUGAGUUUGUCACAAGAGGAACGUAUUAGAAACUGGUUGGAAGAAGAUUCAGAUGAAGAUGUAAUUGGUGGGGAAGAUGAUGAAGAAGGUGGUGAUGAAAUAGAGCCCCAAAUAAGUGAGCACGAAACUGAUACAGAAGAAGAAUGUGAUUCAGAACCAGAAGCUAUUACGGAAAAUCAGAACAUUGGUUCAAGUAGCGAAGAUGACGUUCCCUUGUCUCACUUGCAAACUUCACAGUGUUACGUGGUGCACAGAAAAUUAAGAAAUGGUAGGACUGAAGUAAUUUACAGAUGGAGGAAGCAACCGCCGCCACCAACAUGUCGCACCCGUAGUCAGAACAUCGUGACCCAUUUGCCAGGACCUAAAGCCAUAUGUAGAGGAGCAGAUACUGCUGAAAAAGCCUGGAUAUUGCUAUUUUCAAAAGAAUGUGGACAUCCUAGUGUUAAGAUAAUAGGUUUGGAAAUUAAUAAAGACUUAAUCCUAGCAACUGAUAUAGCAUAUAAUAUAUACUCGUCUAAUGUAUUAAGAUUCAUGUAA